AUGGAGAGGGACGGUGCUGCCUCCGUGCCGACAGCAGACCCCACGCAGCACUUCCACGCCGCCCUGCUGGAGCAGAGGCGGAGGCUGCGCGGCCAAAUCGCGCACCUGCACCGGGCAGCUCGGAAACUCAGCCGGCUCCGCCGCAGCUCCCUGAUCGCCAACGUCAGCGGGAGCACCCUGACGGCCGCCGGGGCCCUCACAGCCAUCCUGGGGCUGUCCCUGAGCCCCGCCACGCUCGGAGCCUCUCUGCUGGCCUCGGCCGUGGGCCUGGGCCUGGCCACGGCCGGCGGGGCCGUCAGCAUCACUUCCGACCUCUCCUUGGUGCUCUGCAAUUCCCGGGAGGUGAGGAAGGUGCAGGAAAUUGCGGUGACUUGUCGGAAACAGAUGAGGGAAAUACUGGGCUGCCUGGAGUUCCUCCGCCGGGGGCAGGGCCCGGGCGACCCUGCGCUGCGGCAGUCAGAGAAGAGGGCGUCCAUGUCGCUCUACAACUCCGUCUGCUUCAUGGUCCUCUGCGGCUCCCACAGCUUCCUCGUGCCAGAAUACACAAAGGAGGCCACUAAAGUAAGCCAGGCUGUGCUGAAGGCCAAAAUCCAGAAACUGGCUGACAACCUCGAGACCUGCACCAGGGCAAUGGAUGAAGUCUGUGAUCUUCUGGAGUCCAGAACAGAGCUUUCCCCGCGCACAAGGAGAUUCAGCUUGGGUGCUAAAACCACUGUCGAGAUCCUGAGACCCUCCAGCUGA